UAAAAACAUGAGACUCAGAAGGACCGUUUCUGCAGGCGCUCCCUGGCUUCUGGAGGAGAGGGAGGCAGGGCAGUGGACAGGUGGCAUAGGAGUGAGACAAUGGAGUCUGGCUUCACCUCCAAGGACACCUAUCUGAGCCAUUUUAACCCUCGAGAUUACCUAGAAAAAUAUUACAGCUUUGGGUCCACACACACCGCAGAAAACCAGAUUCUUAGGCUUCUUCUGAAAAAGCUUUUCAAUAUAUUCUGUGUGGCUGGUGUGAAGGGAGACCUCCUGAUUGACAUUGGCUCUGGCCCCACCAUCUAUCAGCUCCUCUCUGCUUGUGAAUCCUUCAAGACGAUCAUUGCUUCUGACUACACUGAUCAGAACCUGCAGGAGCUAGAGAAGUGGCUGAAGAAAGAGCCUGGGGCCUUCGACUGGUCCCCAGUAGUGACUUAUGUGUGUGAGCUCGAAGGGAACAGAGUGAAGGGGCCAGAGAAGGAGGAGAAACUGAGGCGGGCAGUCAAGCAGGUCCUGAAGUGUGACGUGACCCAGAGCCGGCCGCUGGGUGCCGCCUCCCUGCCCCUGGCGGACUGCCUGCUCAGCACGCUGUGCCUGGACGCCGCCUGCCCGGACCUCCCCACCUACCGCACAGCCCUCAGGAACCUCAGCAGCCUGCUCAAGCCGGGGGGCCAUCUGGUGCUCGUGGACGCCCUGAAGAGCAGUUACUACAUGAUUGGGGAGCAGAGGUUCUCCAGCCUCUCCCUGGACCGGGAGACAAUCGAGGCUGCUGUGCGAGAGGCCGGCUAUGCCAUCAAGCAGUUUGAUGUGAUCUCGCAAAGUUACACUGUGGCCAACAACGAAGGCCUUUUCUUCCUGGUGGGACAGAAGCUGAGCACAUCUGCGUGACACCUUGUCACCGCAACUGAAGGCACUGCCUUGACUUACCCAGUUGACGUCAGUCCUUGGUUCUAAUCGUUGUGGUCACUAUGCUGAGUGGAGGCUAAUGGCUGGGGCGCUGAGGGUUUGUCUAGGACAAGGUUGUAGCCGUCAGUAAACCUAGAGGCAACUGGUUGACCACCUACCCUAUGCCUCGUCUUCACUCCCUGUGAUUAUAAAAGAAAAUGCAAUGUUCCUUAAGCAUCUUGCUUAUGAAGGCUCACGCCCACACCUCUCUAUAGAGCAAAUGUCUGCUUCCUCCUCAUCUACAUACAGACUUCUCCUCUUCAACUCUUGCCUUCCCUAGAGACCCCAUCUUCAGCGGGGUCCCCUGGUGCCAGCACAACCUCUGGGGUCAGGGAACAACUGUUGCUUUGCUCCUGGGCCCCAAGAAUGAGUCAGGCUCCUCUCUUACUUCCCUCAACGCACCCACCUGAAGAGAGGCUUAGCAGUUAGCAAGCGCGAUUGCAGGCGCUAAUUACAGCUGCGUUAGAAGCAGUCUUCAGAGCCCGCCUCCCGAGAGGGUUCUGCUGGCAUAGCUCUCGGCCACGUAUCUCCUCAGAGGCAGCUUACAUCCUGAUGGCAUGCCUAUGCUCUCUCUCUUCCUAGGCACCAUCACCCACGACGCUCUAAAACAGAGGUUGACAAACUAGGGCCUGUGAGCCAGAGCCAACCUGCUGCCUGUGUUGUAAGAUCUUACUGAGACAUGACCAUGCAUUUACAUGUUGUCUGUGGCUGUUUUUGCACUGGAAUGCCAGAGUUGAAUUAGUGUGACAGCAACUGUAUGCGUGACCUGUGAGGAAGAGAGUAAAGAAGUCAGGUGGAGUCAAGCUGCUAAAUGAUUAACUUCAAGUGGGCUGAGGCAUAGGGAAAUGAUUGUUUUUGCUUUAAAUGACUCUGGGGAAUAAACUUUUGAACUCUUCACUCUGUGUCAAUACCUGGAGGCAAACCAGUACAUCGUGUGUUAAUGACAGGACAUGCAGCAAACCUCUGGGUAACCAGCUGAAUGACGUCAACAAGAAAACGUUCCCAGGCCUAGGCCGCUGGACAUCUGCUGAUUGCCACCACACAUCUGACAAUGACCAUUUUGAACCAGUUCAGGGGCUAGGAAUGUAGAACUGCUUUUCCUCAAGAAUAUACUUUUUAUUGUAAGAAUCUCAUCAGAGCACAAGAGCCCAGCAUCAGUCCAUUUUUAUUUACAUGGUUGUUGAGGACAAUGGUGUCAUAACACAGUAUGGUCCAUUUCCAGGGGAGUUCAAUCACUCAAGCUCAGAGGGCAUUCACAUCAAAACACAACAUUCUAAUCUGAUUACAAUUCUAGAGAUUCCGUCUGAAGGACACGAACUGGCUAGUCCUGGAUCGGGAAAGCCAAGUCCAGCUCUGCUCCGUUAGCAGGUGCCGAUGCCUGGGCCUGCACAUCCCUUCUGCAAGCAACAGCCCCCAGAAGAGCAGAGCGCACUUACCACACAGGAGCCCGCACAAAGCACAGGCUGCUGAGAAGUGGCCAUGUCUUUAGAAACGGGGUUCUCUCCAAUAUGUGCCAUAUCUCCCCACCUCGAGGGAAGGCCACAGCUUCGCCUAAAACAUCUGUAUUUGGUUACCUCCUAAAACAAUAGCUCUUGCUUAUUUAUUUUUGCAUAUAACUGUAAACAAAAACACAUAUUUUCAUUUAAAAAAGGAUUUUCGGUUUAAAACUCUUAAAAACAAUCACUCUUCACCA